AUGUGCUUAACGGACCGUUUUGUACUGGGUAUUGACUCAGCUUCAGUUCGUGAGAAGUUGUUUAGAGAAGACCAGCUCAAACUGACCCGAGCUGUAGAUCUAGCGCGCGCUGUGGAGAGUGCGCAGCGUAUUGUAUCUGCUGCGCUGGUGGCAGCGCCGGUGGCAGCGCCGGUGGCGGUGGCAGCUCAAGAUGUGGCGUUUGUGGCGCGAGGUCACACGACGCCGAAGCAUGUGGUUACCGUCAAGGGGGGCAUU